ACUCCUCUUACAGACAACAUCUAGAUAUCUUGGUUUGAGAUGGAAUAUAAAUGCAGUUCACAUUUUAUAAAGUGAAUAAUAGGGGGUGAAACCUGACUGGGAUUUAUGCCCCCACUUGGAGUAUUUCAGUACAAAGAGCCUCUUUCCCAGCCCCCAUCCUGGCUGUCCAUCCAAAACAUCCCCCCCAGUAAAUACCCCCCACCACUGAGCCAACAACAACCACUGCCAGGCCGUUCCCUUCCCCAUGGGCAGCUACAUAUCCCACAAAAUUCUACCUUCCAACAGUUCCCUUUUGCCUUUCUGUGCUCUUUUCUCCUCCAGUCCCGGACUCACCAUCUUCCUUUCCCUCCAGGUGCUCUGUAUUCCAGGAAGUUCACCAUAGAUGGGGAGCAGAUCUCUCUGCAGGUGCAGGACACUCCCUUUGUCUCACUGGAGGACGACACCGACAGCAUCUGCUGCCAGGAGCAGAUAAACCGCUCCAUCUACUGGGCCGACGGCUUCGUGUUCGUGUACUCCAUCACCGACUACGAGAGCUACCGCGUGCUGCGCCCGCUGCACCAGCACAUCCGCAGGAUCCACCCCAACGCCAACAUCCCCCUGCUGCUCGUGGCCAACAAGGGCGACCUGCUGCGGGCCAGGCAGGUGUCCUCCAAGGAGGGGCUGCAGCUGGCCGGGGAGCUGGGGGGCACUUACCACGAGGUGUCGGCCCGGGAGAACUGCGAGGGUGUGCACGAGGCCUUCCAGCAGCUGUGCCAGGAGCUCAGCAGGAUCAUCGGCAGCUGCAACGGAGAGAAGCGCCGCGGCCUCCACCUCGUCCGGCCCAAGUCCCCCAACAUGCAGGACCUGAAGAGACGCUUGAAACAGGCCCUGACCUCCAAAGGGAAAUCUGCCACCGCGCUCUGAGGGAGCCACAGCAAUUGUUUUCCCCAGAAAGGCAACGAGCUGUAACAAUUUAGGUUGUGUGAGAGGCUCUUCCACUUGGUCUUCACAUCUUCCUAUAAAGUCUGAGCUGGUUCUGCAAAGGAACCUACAGAACUUGCUGGGUCUGCAGAGGAACUCGCAGAAUUUGGUCUUUGAGACAAGAAUUUGCAAACUGCGGUUUUUAAAAAUAGGUUUUGUUCCCAGUUAUUUCCAUUUUGAAAGGGACAUAGUCAAAUGGUUUAGUCUUCAAAAGUGGAUUUCAUUAAUAAAAGUAAUUAAAUCCUGCUUCUCUUGGGGAUGGUGGUGUUCCCAACCACAGGCAAUGAACUGCAGCAGGGCACGAGGAGAACGACGUGAGCUGUAUUGAGCAAGCAAAAGGUACCAGAUUUGUUUGGUCACAAGAGUGGAAAAUAAAGGCAAAAAGUCAAUGAAGAGCAUAAAUAGCAAAAAGUAGUAACUGAAAGGUUUUAAAUGGUGGUUUAGAAAGUGUUCUUAGAAACUUAGGGAGAGAUUUGUUCAAAUGCAAGCUUCAGCCUUACAGGGUCUCUUCAAAGGGAGCUUUUAUAUCACUAUUUUUCCAGGUUAUUUUUCUUUAAAAGCAUGUUGACUGUUUCUGAAAGUGAUUAUUUGGGCAAAAUAGGUCCUUGGAGCAGCAUUUUGUAGGCAGUUUCUCACACUUCUCAUUCUUUUGAAGGUUUCCUACAUGGGAACAAGAGAGGGACAAAUAGAUUGGAGUGGUUUAAAAUCUGCCCAAAACCAGACUGUAUUGAUCAAGAGCAAGGAGGUCACCCAAAACUACUGAACUUUUUUUUCCCAAGCUAGUUAGACUUCAAGUUCAAGAUGCUGUUUUAAAGAAACAAGGCCUUCAUGUGAAGUAUGUUUAAAUUAUAUAUAUAUAUAUAGUUUUGGGGGCUUUUUUGAAGAUGAAAAUGUUUUAUGACGCCUGAAAUUUUUGGCUUCGUGAAUUCCUGAUUUUGUUGUUUUCCUGAAGACCAGACCUCCCUGGGUACCUCACAGAGCAUCCAGAUCAUAUUAACACACACUUCAGUGGCAGUGCCUCAGUUGUGUCCCAGCAUUCCAAGGAUUUGAAGCUGUAUCCCAUGAGCUGCCCUGGUUUAUGGGUCCAGUAACAACAACAUGAACUUCCAUAAUUCUGUUCUCAGUGAGAGGGGUUGGACCAGGUAAAAUUCAUGAUGCAACAACCCUUCCUUCAAACAGGCCCAUGUGAGCAACUCACAGGACCAUGAAAUGAAGCUCAAUGAUUUAUACUCAGAGCCACAGAAGGGAACCCCCAGGUUUGAUGGAUAUACAAAAACACUCCCAGCUGCAGUUUCAGCUGGAAAUACUGAUCUAAAUCAACCUUCUACUCAUCCUGAGCAGCACAAAUGUAAAUUGAAUCUGAUGAGGAUUUGUGGAGCCCAGGACUUGAAAAUGUAUUUUGUAUUUGUUGUGUCCCCACAUUAGACAACUCUGCUCACCUGGAUUGCCUUUAUCUAGAGCUCACUUUCUGGUUUAUUUAUUGUUCUCCACAGCUGGGCAUUGAGAAUGUCUUGUGUUCUGAUUAAUUUUAAAUUCUUUUAUUCCCACAAAUGACCUGCACCUGUUUUUAAAUUCUGUUUCAAGUGGUGGUAGGAGGAGAAAAGGAAAGUUCAAUCACCCAGAUGGGGUCUCCAAGGAUGUCAGGGGAUUUCUACUUUGGCUAAUGGUUAAUUAACAGUCUGAUGUUUGAGCAGUGUCAUUAGUCAUCACAGGCACUUCAGAAUGGUAUUUAUGGCACAGAAUUUCAAUGUUUUAAGUUACUGAUAGCACAGCUCAAAUAUUGAGUCUAAAGAUUCAAUAGCUCAAAUGUUGAACCCAAAGAUUCAAUAUCAUGAAACAGAGCAGUUUGUCAGAGACAUACAAACCAAAGCAUUUUUCUAUUGGAAAAAUGAUCACCAAUUUUGAAUGGCAAUUAAGUAUUUUGCCAUCCCAGGGCUGUAUAACAAGGGCUAAAUGUGCUGAAGACAAUUUGCUGGCAUUUGUUUUCAUAAAAGCCUAAGAGGUUUUGGUGCUCCAGCCUGUGAGAUUUGUUUGUAACUCACUCCUUCAGCUCUGAUCCUUUCUUAUUUGGGAAGAAAGUUCAUCCAAUUUCAAACCUGUCAAAGUUUUAUUUUCAUUAGUGAUUAUUAAAACCAUGCAAGGUCUUUCCUGA